AUGGGUGUCGACCCUUUGUCCCCGAUUGCGCCUGUGCGCCUCAGGGCGCUUCUUCUUCCUAUUGGCAAGAUCAAGCGCUCACGAUUCCUCAGCUUCGCUGCACGACUACAGGCCGAGAACGUAGUUCGGCUAGGGGAUAUCAGCCCCGAUGCGAGGCCAAACAGAAACAUGUUCUCGCCACUAGCAUUUCCCACUGGAUUGAUUCUAUACGAUCUUGCCUUUUCGGUCCCUCCAACCUCGCACCUCGAAUUGUUCCCCUUCGAGAUAUACAGAGAGCCGCUGGUGGUUAUUGCGAUAGCUGAUGGCAAAGAGCUGCCACAAAGCACUGACGGAAAACAAAAGCAUCCGACUCCCGAGGGUCUCGAUCAAUUGCUAGAAGAAUUGGGCGGGGUGAAGGAGCGGAAUCCCCGGGCAUUAGUGAAUCAACUAUUGGUGUUCGACCAUGAGGGCCUGGACAAAGUCGUCAAUGGCCCGGAAAAUGUUCUUUGGGUGCCUCCACCCCAAGCAUCCAAAGCCACAACGAUGAAGACAGUUCUUUGCGAUGUGACCGCGGUCUUGCUCGCUGAACUGGACGAAUUUGCAAAGACGAUUCAAGCCAUCCCGUCAAUCGAGUCACCGAAGGCUUUCUCCUGGGGUCCACACCGAAACCCGGAGCUAAGACCGCGGCCGGUCGACCGGUUGCUAAAUCGGAUGACUCUUCCCGCCCAGCUACCCUCGAGCCCGAGUGGUGGCCAAGACACACCGCUGAGCUCCAACGGAAGUUCUCCAGCCCCGAGCGAUCAUGAGACUCCCACGACAUUUGACGAGAUUACUCGAUCCAUUCAUCUGUCCAGUCGCACAAACUCCGGCAGCAGAACCCCGUCAAUAGCGUCCGCGAAAGAGCAUAGUCGUGACCGAAUGUCUGUCAGCAAUAUGAGUGCUACUGAUAGGACCAAGAACAGAAUCAGAGGCCGUGCUGGAGUAGUCAUUGGCACACUGUUCCUGCAGGCAGGAAGGUGGCCAGAUGCCCUGAAAGAACUAACUGAGGCGGUUAACAAUGCCCGAGCGGGCAGUGAUUACAUUUGGCACGCCAAAGCCCUUGAGACGAUCCUUUUGUGUCUAAUUAUGUUCGGUUGGGCGGGAAUGGACUUCCAGAUUCCAUCAGCUCUAUAUCCCGUUGCUGAGAAGUCCUCCAAACCAUCAAGAGACUCAGUGACUCCUAGCAGCACUGGAAACCGAGUCGUCUCUUUGCACAAUCUGGCCAACCUCUUGCCGGACCUCUCAAACAACAUUUUGAAUCUCUAUAACCGCGCCGCCAACAUUACGGACGAGCCACUUCCUCAAUUGGUCUUCUCGGAAACAGUUAUUCGAUUGGCAAGACUGAUGGUUUCCGCUCGCGUGCGUGACGGGGCUUUAGAUGACAAUGCUCUGAAACACAUUGUGAUGAACGAAACUUUGGUUCCCUUGCUUCAGCCAGAACUCCCUCGCGGCACCGUGUUACUUCGAAAGUCUGAAAUUGCCAACUUUUUGUACCGGGCUCUGCCGCUGGCACCGGGCGCCGAUCUGCCUGCCACCGAUGCCGUGCCAAUUAUUGUUGGCGUAGUAUCUGUUUUAAACACCCUUGACUUGCCCAGGAAGAAGGCAUUCAUUCUACGCGAACUCCUUUCCGUGAUGGUACCAAGUCUGGUACAGGCGCGCAAGAUUGGCGCCGCAGAGGUCGGCAUACAUCCGGCUGCUGGCUUGGCAUCUCUCAGCGAUACUGCAUUUGACGUCAAUGCCCUGGAUGCGGGCUCUGGAAAUAUGGAGAGCAGUGUGCGAUUCCUCCUUGCGAAUAUUGGAGAAAUAUAUGGUGUCCAGCCUUCGUCUUUCUCUGAGUGGGAGAAGAGAAACAGCAAAUCAUCGGCAGCCAGUGGAUCCCAGGGAGACAAUGAGUAUGACUCUGUGGCUAGCAUCGCUGAAAGAGCGUUCAGGCAUGUGGUUUUGGAUCGUUAUGGAGACUUGAACCUGAAAAUUGAUGUCCUGAAAGCCUGCAUAAACUGCUGCGAAGCGCUCCCUGAUUUCAAUGGUGUUCUCCGCUUUACUGUUGAGCUCUUGCAGACUAUUCGGGGAGAUAUCAUGCUAGGUGAAGGAUACCGGAACCCACCAUACCUCCCACAAGACGAACAAGUUCGCCUUUUGAACAACAUCAAGCGAACUGUAGGUGCUGGGUCCCGAUUGGGGGCCUCGGAAAUGGCCGCUGAAUACUGGGAUGACUUCCUGGUGCGUGAUGUUCAGUCUUUAGCGCUCCCAGACCCCAAGAGACCCAUGCGGCGGUCCAGGACGGAAUUGAACACAGCCACCACAACUUCUCAGACCAAGAAAAAAGACCCGUUCUUGUACAAUCCCUUCGCGAAAGCCGACAGCAAGGCAUUGGAAAUAAUCACAGUGGCCGAUGAACCUGCAUCUUACCGGGUCACUCUACAGAACCCCUACGAAUUCGAGGUUGAGAUCGAACAUCUGCGCUUGGAAAGUACUGGUGUGCCACUUGAUGCCGUCGCAGAGAAUAUUCUUCUUCCUCCUCUUUCAGUGCAGGAUGUUAUUGUGAUUGGCGUUGCUAAAGGAGAAGGCAGCCUUGACAUCACGGGUUGUAUUGUCAAAGUCCGCUACUGUCGGACGCGAAGAUUCCCCAUCUUCAAGAAAUUUUGGAAGCCCGAGCCCGAGGUCAAAUUCAAACGAACAGGACUGGGUGCCAAACAGCCUCUGACGGCGCGCCCGAUCUCUUGGAGCUCAACAACCUCGAAAGAUGGCAAGGUGGACGUCAAGAAAGGACCCGAGGCCACCUCUUGUGAAGUCAAAGUAAUUGCCAAGCAGCCAUCACUCGUGAUUGAGUCGAUGUCUCUAUCACAAUCGGCAAUGAUGGUUCUCGAAGGUGAGGUCAAGACGUUCACAAUCACACUACACAACGCCUCUACGUGCCCUGUGGACUUCGUCUUGUUCUCUUUCCAAGAUUCAACAACAAAGCAACUGCAGUCGGCUCUCGCCAACAAGGAUUUAUUGCCCGUCGAGACUUAUGAGCUCGAAUUGAAGCUGGCGACAAAUCCAGCUUUGCGAUGGCGUCGCGAGGGGAAUGAUUCCAACGAUUGCUCGAUCGCAGCAGGCGAGAAAGCCAGUUUCACCAUUGAUGUUCUUGGAAAGCCAGGUUUGCAAGAAACCACAGUGCAGAUUGACUACUCCCGUCUGAAUGCAGCCCCAGGUGAAUUACCUGAUGUGUUUUACACUCGCCAGUUGUUUGUCCCAUUAACGGUCACGGUCAACGCAAGCGUCGAGGUUGCCCGCUGUGACAUACUACCCUUCAGUGGCGACUUUGCUUGGAAAAACAAUAUCGAGUCGCCAGUCGACUCGGCAAUUGAGUCCGAUGCGUUGCUCUCUACCGAAGACAACGAUCCUUUCUCCCAGAUCCUCAGUCGACUUGGCAACGGGCCCUAUGGGUCCGAUCACUGUGUCGUUCUAGUUGAUUUGCGCAACGCCUGGCCAAACCCGGUCUCUGUAUGGCUGCGCGUUAGCGAGCAGUCAGUAGAGUCUUCUUCGACAGAUGUUGCAAACAAACUUGACACGCGUGGCCAAUAUUCUGUCGGUGGAGAACUUCAGCCCGGUCAAACCUCUCGUCUCGUCCUGGUUCUGCCCCGAGUUUACCUUGACAACCCUCAUGCUUCUAUCCCGGUGGUGAACACCGGCACCCGGAGACAAUUCGUCGUCAGUGCCAACAAACUAUCAUUCGAAGCUGAAGCGGCUUCCCGUGAGGCUUUCUGGUUCCGCGAAGAGCUGCUCAAGAGAGUUCUUGGAGGAUGGAAAGAACCGGCUACAGGCCGUGAAGGAUCUAUUGACCUACGAAAUAUAAGACUCAACAACCGCAUGGUCGAAGCGAUGCGACUCGAAGACAUUGAAAUGACAUUCUCUCUAACCUCGCCAUCCUCACCCGAUGAUUCUGAUGCCGUCGAAGAAACCGGCCGCUCUCGCUUCAACGUCAAGACGGAUGACCUGCUCACAUUAAACGUCACCGUUCAUAAUCGUUCCUCCCGUCCAAUUCAUCCCCUCGUCCGUCUCCAACCUAGCCUUCGCCACCAGCCCAACAAUGUCGCACUCGAUCUUACUCGCCGUCUCGUUUGGACCGGCAUGUUGCAGCAAGCCCUCCCUAUUCUGCCGAGUGGCGAAUCUGCGAAGUCUUCCAUCGGCCUGACUGUGCUUUGUCGAGGAGAAUAUGAACUUGGUGCUAGCGUUGAGGAGGCUCGACUUCUGCGGCCAUCUCUCCCCGAUAGUGAUCCUCAAUCUGCCGAUACUGCGGAUAUGCAUGAUGACGGUGGCAUCAAAGAUACCUUUGGUGUGGAUGUCGUGCGCCGUCGACGUAUCUGGCAUGCCAAGGAAUCUUGUAUCAUCCAAGCCAGGGACUGA